CCCGCCCGUCCUGCUGCGAGGUGACACGGGGCUUCGGCUGGGGAAGGGGGCGAGGGAAGUAAGUUAGACGUCGGCCUGGCGGCCUUGGCGCAGCCCCCCGACGUGAGCGCGAUUACAAGUAGGCAGAGAGGCAGUCAGAGAGAGGAGGAAGCAGGCUCCCUGCUGAGCAGACAGCCCGAUGCGGGGCUCGAGCCUGGGACCCUCGGAUCUCGAUCCCGGGACCCUGGGAUCUUGACCUGGGCUGAAGAUUUAUUUAAUUGCCCAGCUCCCACUGAUGAAGAUAAGUUGGAGUAACUGCUUGAACUGAAUUUUAUUGGCCAGAAGACAGCCCAUUUGUUUCACUUCUUUUUGUUUUCCCUGCUGCUUUGAGCUUUACUGUAACGGCUGAAAAACUUGGAGAAUAAAGUGAACAUGCUGUGGUCUUGAACACAUUUUUUUUUUUUUUUUUGGAGGAAAAAUUAAAGUGCCAGAGUGAAAGCGAGAAUGGCAUCCAGAGAGAGACUCUUUGAACUUUGGAUGCUUUAUUGUACAAAGAAAGAUCCAGAUUACCUGAAGCUCUGGUUGGACAAUUUUGUUUCUAGUUAUGAACAGUUCUUAGAUGUUGACUUUGAAAAGCUGCCUACCAGGGUAGACGAUGUGCCUCCAGGAAUAUCUCUCCUUCCUGAUAACAUUCUGCAGGUUUUAAGGAUCCAGCUACUACAGUGUGUUCAGAAAAUGGCAGAUGGGUUAGAGGAACAACAGCAAGCUUUGUCAGUUUUGCUUGUCAAGUUCUUCAUUAUUCUUUGCAGAAAUUUAUCUAAUGUGGAAGAAAUUGGGACUUGCUCAUAUAUUAAUCAUGUCAUUACUAUGACAACACUCUAUAUUCAGCAGUUAAAAAGCAAAAAGAAAGAGAAGGAAUUGGCAGAUCAGACAUCUAUUGAAGAAUUUGUGAUCCAUGCAUUGGCAUUUUGUGAGAGUUUAUAUGAUCCAUAUCGGAAUUGGAGGCAUAGAAUUUCAGGACGAAUCCUUAGUACUGUGGAAAAGAGCAGACAGAAAUAUAAACCAGCUUCUCUCACAGUGGAGUUUGUCCCUUUCUUUUAUCAGUGUUUUCAGGAAAGUGAACAUCUCAAGGAAAGUCUCAAGUGUUGCUUAUUGCACCUCUUUGGAGCCAUUGUGGCCGGCGGGCAGAGGAAUGCUUUGCAAGCAAUUUCUCCAGCCACCAUGGAAGUUCUCAUGAGAGUUUUGGCAGAUUGUGAUUCCUGGGAGGAUGGAAAUCCUGAAGAAGUGAGUAGGAAGAUAGAACUUACUCUGAAGUGCCUUACAGAAGUGGUCCAUAUCCUUCUCACUAGCAGCUCGGAUCAACGUCAGGUGGAAACCAGCACUAUUUUAGAGAACUAUUUUAAAUUGCUAAAUUCAGAUCAUUCAGCUUUACCUAAUCAAAGGAGAUCCAGACAGUGGGAAAGCCGGUUCAUAGCUCUGCAGAUCAAAAUGUUGAAUACCAUCACAGCCAUGUUAGAUUGCACCGAUAGGCCUGUUCUUCAGGCCAUUUUUCUUAAUAGUAAUUGCUUUGAACAUCUCAUACGACUGCUGCAGAAUUGCAAGCUGUUUUUAAAUGCUAACAAUAAGGUGGCAGACAAGAACGAGAAAGACCUUGCCAACAAAUUACUGACAGAAAUAAAUGAGGACCAGGUGUUUCAGGGACAGUUGGAUUGUUUGGCUAUAUCAGCCAUUCAGGCUUUGACAGCAGUAAUGAACAAAUCUCCAGCUGCUAAGGAAGUAUUUAAAGAAAGAAUUGGUUAUACACAUAUGUUUGAGGUUUUAAAAUCCCUGGGUCAGCCACCACUGGAACUACUUAAAGAACUCAUGAAUAUGGCUGUAGAGGGUGACCACACUUCAGUUGGGAUUUUGGGCAUUAGCAAUGUCCAUCCUCUCUUGCUUCUUAUCCAGUGGCUUCCAGAGCUAGAAUCCCAUGAUCUGCAAAUCUUCAUCUCUGAUUGGCUGAAAAGAAUUUGUUGUAUUAAUAGGCAGAGCCGAACUAUUUGUGUCAAUGCAAACAUGGGGAUUCACAUCAUCGAAACCCUUGAUUCCCAUUCUUCCCUCCACCGAACUUGUGCUGAGAACUUGAUUGCACUUCAUGGUUCCUUGGGGAGUCAGUCAGUGAGCUCAGAAGAAAUCCGCCGACUGCUAAGAUUGCUGAGAGUGGAUGAACCUGAGUAUAUUCACCCCUAUACCACUCCCGUGACUCGAGCAAUUCUGACAAUGGCCCGUAAACAAAGUCUAGAAAGCGCACUGCAGUAUUUUAACUUGUCACAUAGUAUGGCAGGAAUUUCUGUGCCUUCCAUACAGAAGUGGCCAGGGUCUGCCUUUUCUUUCAAUGCUUGGUUUUGCUUAGAUCAGGAUCAGUUGACUCUUGGCAACGCUAACAAAGGAGGAAAAAGGAAACAAUUGUACAGCUUCUUUACAGGAAGUGGCAUGGGUUUUGAAGCUUUUAUUACCCAUUCAGGUAUGUUGGUUGUGGCAGUGUGCACAAAAAGAGAAUAUGCUACAGUUAUGCUUCCCGACCACAGUUUCUGUGAUUCCCUCUGGCACAACAUAACCAUUGUUCACAUGCCUGGAAAAAGACCCUUUGGUCAGAGCCUUGUCUUUAUCUAUGACAAUGGACAGCAGAAGGUCUCUGCCCCUCUCAGAUUUCCUGCCAUGAACGAACCUUUUAUUUCCUGCUGCAUUGGUUCAGCUGGGCAAAGAACCACCACUCCUCCACCUUCCCAAAUCCCAGAUCCACCUUUUUCUUCCCCCAUUACCCCUCAUCGGACAUCAUUUGGCGGAAUUCUGUCGUCAGCCUCCUGGGGAGGAACACUUGAAAAAUCAAAAUUGAUUACCAAAUUGAUAUCAGCUGGAACCCAAGAUAGUGAAUGGGGCUGCCCCACAUCUCUGGAGGGUCAGCUAGGGUCUGUUAUCAUCUUCUUUGAAGCACUACAGCCUCCUCAGGUGAAGGCAUUGUAUUUAGCAGGUCCAAACUGUUUAAGCCCUUGGAAAUUUCAGGAGUCUGACAUGGGUGACCUGCCGGCUAACAUCCUUCUUCACUACACCGCAAAGGCCUGCAAAAAUUCCAUCUGUCUUGAUUUAUCUACUAAUUGUUUGCAUGGAAGAUUAACAGGAAACAAAGUAGUGAACUGGGAUAUUAAGGACAUCAUAAACUGCAUAGGUGGAUUAAAUGUAUUGUUUCCUCUGUUGGAACAAAUCAGCCACUUGGGUGAAGGACAGAUUUCUGAAGGAAUGAAUGAAAGCACAGUUUCUGAAUUGAUAACACCUGUAGAAGGAGAUUGGGUUGUACUGACCUCCACGAAGGCAUCAGAGUCAAGAUUAGAAAGGAAUUUAAUUGCAACAUUUAUCUUGAUUGUGAAGCACUUUAUUCAAAGACAUCCUAUCAACCAGGACAAUCUUACUCACUCCCAUGGAGUUGCCACUCUUGGUGCCUUGCUGCAGAAGGUGCCAAGCUCCUUGAUGGAUGUUAAUGUACUGAUGGCAGUUCAGUUAUUAAUUGAACAGGUGUCAUUAGAGAAAAAUAUGCAGCUCCUGCAGCAAAUGUAUCAAUAUUUACUCUUUGACUUCCGUAUUUGGAACCGUGGAGAUUUUCCCUUUCGAAUUGGUCAUAUACAGUAUCUUUCCACCAUCAUCAAAGACAGCAGAAGAGUUUUCCGAAAGAAAUAUGGUGUGCAGUUUCUCCUAGAUACACUUAGGAUUUAUUAUGGGAGUGAUUGUAAAUACAGUGAGCUGUCUCUAGAUGACAUUCGAACAAUAAGGACUUCUUUGUAUGGACUGAUUAAAUAUUUUCUGUGCAAAGGUGGAACUCAUGAAGAGAUACAGAGUAUUAUGGGUUACAUAGCCGCUAUCAAUGAAGAAGAACAGCUCUUUGGAAUUUUGGAUAUGCUCUUCAGUCUCCUCCGUACCAGCCCAACUAGAGGUCAGCUUUUCUUGUUGCUGUUUGAACCAGGAAAUGCUGACAUACUUUAUGCCUUGCUGUUAAAUCAGAAGUACUCUGACAGACUAAGAGAAAUCGUUUUUAAGGUUAUGGAACAAAUGUUGAAAUGCACAAAUGUUUAUGAACGAAGUAAACAACGUAUUCGGCUCAGAGAAGUUGGCUAUUCAGGAUUGGGACUUCUUCUUAAUGAAGCACCCAUUAAUACCUCUCUCAUUAAAAGCCUCACCAAUCAAAUUAUAAAUACAGAUCCUGCUAUUAAUUUCAAAGAUUUGUUGUCUGUGGUAUAUAUAUCUCACAGAACACAUAUAAAUGUCAGAGUGGUUAUCUGCAGAAAGAUUUUACAGAUUUUGCUGUCCCAGCCAGAUGCAGCACAUCAGAUAUCUCAACAAGUGGGUUGGCAAGACACUUUAGUUAGGCUUUUUUUAAAAACCAAUUUUGAAAAUGGCAAUACUCUUCAUAAGCACAGUAGGGCUGUUUCAGUAAAAGACAGUGACAAAAAUUUAUCAGCUGAAGAUACUAAGAACUUUGAUGAAAAGAUUGAUGAGGAAAAAAUCAACUCUUUUGCCUCAGCCAAUGUGUCUUCAGAUCAGUGGAGUUUAGAGGAUAGACACUCUCUAGACUCCAGCACCCCAUUAUUUCAAGAAGAUAGUUCUGUGGGAGAAUUAUCUUUCAGAUCAGAGAAUCAAGAAGAAUUCUGGAAUAAUAACCCUUCACAUCUGAGUUUAGAUCUCAGUGGAAUAGACUCGUGUGAACUGAGCGACAGUGGAAGUCACAUGCCGGACAGCCUGCCCAGCACGCCCUCCCCGAUAGAAUCUACCAAAUCAUUUUCCGUGCAGUCUGACAAAGAGAGCGGUGUCAUAAAUGAUCCUGGGUUUGGCGAUGACUUCUCUUUACUUGAAAGCCAAGAGAGAUGUGAGGAGGAGCUUCUUCAAUUACUGACAAAUAUUUUGAACUAUGUAAUGUGUAGGGGAUUAGAAAAGUCUGAUGAUAGUACUUGGAUUGAACGGGGACAAGUGUUUUCAGCACUAAGUAAACCGGGAAUAUCCAGUGAACUACUUCGACCAUCAAAUGAAAUAAAAUUAAUUUUGCUACAGAACAUGUUAGAAUGGACAGUCACAGAAAACAGAGAAUCAAAAAUGAAUCCUGUAACUGCUGAAAAUGCCUUCCGACUCAUCUUGAUCAUACAGGACUUUCUGCAGUCAGAGGGGCUUGUUAAUUCAAACAUGUGGACUGAGAAGCUUUUAGACGAUCUGAUGCUGCUCUUCGAUGGUCUGUCUGUUUGGUAUUCUGAAAGUCAAGUAUGGGCAAAACUUUCUCGAAUCCAAAUCCAGUUGCUUCUAGGAUUCAUUGGAAGGGGGAAUUUGCAGGUUUGUGCAAUGGCGUCAGCUAAGCUAAACACCCUUCUUCAAACCAAAGUGAUUGAAAAUCAGGAUGAAGCGUGUUACAUUUUAGGGAAGCUGGAACAUGUUCUAAGUCAGUCAAUUAAGGAACAGACUGAAAUCUAUUCAUUUCUGAUUCCCCUGGUCCGUACCCUGGUUUCCAAAAUCUAUGAACUUCUCUUCAUGAACUUGCACCUGCCUUCUUUACCUUUUACCAAUGGUAGCUCUUCAUUUUUUGAAGAUUUUCAAGAAUAUUGCAGUUCAAAUGAAUGGCAAGUUUACAUCGAAAAAUAUAUCGUGCCUUACAUGAAGCAGUAUGAAACCCAUACAUUUUAUGAGGGUCAUGAGGACAUGGCAGUUUAUUGGAAGAAUUGUUAUGAAGCCUUAAUGGUGAAUAUGCAUAAGCGAGACCGGGAAGGAGGAGAAAGCAAGCUUAAGUUUCAGGAAUUUUUUGUGGAACCAUUUAAUAGAAAAGCACGGCAAGAGAACUUGAGGUAUAAUAAUACAGUUAAACAACUUAGCAGCCAACAGUUAAUCACUCUGAGACGCUGGAAGGCAGUACAUCUCUACCUCACAUCUGAAAGGGGACCUUGGGCUAAAAGGAAGCAAAGUCCAAUUCACUGGAAACUAGCUAAUGUAGAAAAUUACUCCCGCAUGAGACUUAAAUUGGUGCCAAAUUAUAACUUCAAAACUCAUGAAGACGCUAGUGCAUUGAGAGAUAAUCUAGGUAUCCAACACUCACAGCCUUCCAGUGACUCAUUGCUUUUAGAAGUAGUGAAACAAGUAAAAGUUAACAAUAUGGAGGAGGAUAAAUUAGACCUUCCUGAAGACGACUUAACAGCCAGAGCAAAUAUUGAUGAGAAAGAAGAACAGGAUCAAAAAGAAAAAUUGGUGUUGUCAGAAGACUGUGAACUCAUUACAAUAAUUGAUGUCAUUCCUGGCAGAUUAGAAAUCACUACUCAACACGUUUACUUCUAUGAUUGCAGCAUUGAUAAAGAAGAUGGAGUAGGCUUUGAUUUCAAGUGGCCUCAUUCUCAAAUUCGAGAGAUUCACCUGCGGCGUUAUAAUUUAAGGAGGUCAGCUCUUGAGAUUUUUCAUGUUGACCAAUCCAACUACUUUCUCAAUUUCAAAAAAGAGGUUAGAAACAAAGUAUAUAGUAGACUGUUGUCACUUCAUUCUCCAAUUAGUUCUGGUACCAGAUCACCACAGGAAUUAUUCAAAGCAUCUGGGUUGACACAGAAAUGGGUGAACAGAGAGAUAUCAAAUUUUGACUACCUCAUUCAAAUAAAUACAAUGGCAGGACGAACCUAUAAUGACCUUGCACAGUAUCCUGUGUUUCCCUGGAUUUUACAAGAUUAUACUUCAGAAGAAUUGGACCUUAAUAACCCAUCUGUAUUUCGAGAUCUUUCCAAACCAAUUGGGGUAGUUAAUGACAAAAAUGCCAAAGCCAUGCGAGAAAAAUAUGAAAAUUUUGAGGAUCCCAUGGGAACUAUUGAUAAAUUUCAUUAUGGUACUCACUAUUCAAAUUCUGCUGGGGUUAUGCACUAUCUUAUUCGUACAGAACCAUUCACCACCCUCCACAUCCAGCUUCAGAGUGGAAGGUUUGACUGUGCAGAUCGACAGUUCCAUUCCAUCCCUGCAACCUGGCAGGCUCUCAUGGACAAUGCAUAUGAUGUGAAGGAGCUUAUUCCUGAAUUCUUCUAUUUCCCAGAGUUUUUGGAAAAUCAAAAUCAAUUUAACUUGGGCUGUCUGCAAGUUUCCAAAGAAGUAGUAAAUGACGUCAUUCUCCCCAAAUGGGCUAAGUCAGCUGAAGAUUUCAUCUAUAAACAUAGGAAAGCUCUGGAGUCUGAAUAUGUUUCUGCUCAUCUUCAUGAAUGGAUAGAUCUGAUUUUUGGCUACAAACAGAGGGGGCCAGCUGCAGUGGAAGCACUGAAUGUUUUCUAUUACUGUAGUUAUGAAGGAGCUGUGGAUCUGGAUGCCUUAACAGAUGAGAAGGAAAGAAAAGCCUUAGAAGGGAUGAUUAAUAAUUUUGGGCAAACACCUUGUCAACUGUUAAAGGAACCACAUCCUCCUAGAUUGUCAGCAGAAGAAGCAGUGCAGAAGCAGACCAAAACAGACACUUCAACCCUAAAUGUAUUUCAACAUCUCUCCGAACUCAAGUCAUUUUUUAUAGAGGGAAUUAGUGAUGGCGUCCCACUAAUAAAGGCCAUUGUCCCCAAAAAUCAGUCUCGUUCUUUUAUGUCUCAAGGCAGUCCUGAGUUAUUGAUAACAGUAAACAUGAAUUACAUUGUUGGAACCCAUGGAUGGCUGCCUUAUGACAGAAACAUUUCCAAUUACUUUACAUUCAUCAAAGAUCAAACUGUAACAAAUCCAAAAACUCAGCGUAUCAUGAAUGGUCCUUUUGCUCCAGGGCUGGAGAUCACUUCUAAGCUAUUCAUAGUAUCACAUGAUGCGAAGUUGCUUUUCAGUGCUGGACACUGGGAUAAUAGCAUUCAAGUGAUGUCGCUUACAAAAGGCAAAAUUAUUUCACACAAUAUUAGACACAUGGAUAUUGUGACUUGUUUAGCUACAGAUUACUGUGGAAUACAUUUGAUUUCUGGUUCCAGAGAUACUACAUGUAUGAUAUGGCAAAUAACACAACAGGGAGGUGUUCCUGUGGGCUUAGCAUCUAAACCCUUUCAGAUUCUGUAUGGACACACCGAUGAGGUAUUGAGUGUUGGCAUCAGCACUGAACUAGAUAUGGCAGUGUCAGGAUCAAGGGAUGGCACUGUGAUUAUACAUACCAUUCAGAAAGGUCAAUACAUGAGGACUUUACGGCCACCUUCUGAGAGUUCUGUGCUCCUGACUGUUCCUAAUUUGGCUAUAUCUUGGGAAGGACAUAUUGUUAUCUAUUCCAGCAUUGAAGAAAAGACCAAUCUCAAGGAUAAGAAUGCAUUACAUCUGUUUUCCAUAAAUGGCAAGUAUCUAGGGUCCCAAGUCCUGACAGAACAAGUAUCAGAUAUAUGUAUCACUGGAGAACAUAUUAUCACGGGCAGCUUACAAGGCUUCCUGUCCAUAAGAAAUCUCCACAGUUUGAAUCUCAGCAUGAACCCAUUAGCCAUGCGAAUGCCUAUCCACUGUGUUUGUGUCACCAAAGAAUACAGCCAUAUUCUUGUAGGAUUAGAAGAUGGCAAAUUGAUUGUAGUGGGUGUUGGGAAGCCAGCUGAGGUAAAACACAGCAUCAAGAACUUCUUUUCCCAUACUGUGGGGGAUUCCUUUGGUUCUCCUUUGUUCCAGCUGAAUCAGAAGUCUCCAUUAUGGAUGAACAAACUAAAAACCAAAUUUGAUUUUUCAAAGGGCAGUAAAUGAAAAGGUCAUAAAUCUAAUACUCAAGAGUGAUGUUUAUAUUGUGAUAUAAGUGAAAGCACAUAUUUGGCAGUUUCUAUCACUCUGUAUGAAUAAGGAAGUGUUUUUAUUAUCUAUCUUUCCAAAUCUAGAUUCAAGACACUACUUGGAUUUCUAAUACAUAAAAGCCUUUAUAAAAAAUGAAAUACAGACUCCAACAAUAAAACUAUAUACUUUACUUUCAACAAGAAUACCAGAAUUAGCAGAACAAAUAUGCUUAAUUCUUGAGUUUCUUGUACUUACCUAUAGAUUUGCCAGUGGCUUAUCAAUCACUGAAUAUUCAGAUACCAUAAAUCUGGUAUUGUUCCUUCGAAAACUUAGUGGCUAUAUUCCAAGUAAUUUAGUGAUUCUUCUAGAAAAUUUCUUUUAUUAUAUAGAGUCAAAUUAAGCAUUAUAAAUUUGUACUGAUUGCAUCAGUCUCUUCUGAGAAAUCUAAAAUAAUGGCAACUCUUGGAAUCAUUUCAAGAGAAGACACUAGUGAAUAACACACUGUCACUGGUUUUAGUAAAUCUACCACGGAUCAUGGGGGCCUUUUUGUUUUAUAUAUAUUUUAAGGUUUUGUUAGUUCUUAUACUCUUUUUCAAGAUAUUAUUGUAACAAAACAGAGGUCUUAUUAAAUUGAUAUUGUCAUUUACCUUUAGUUUAACAAUCCCCCAAACAAUCUCAGCAAGUCCAUAUCUUGGUAUUCACUUAUAUUUAAAACAUUUUAAGCACUUUUUCUUACUGAGUAUGCUUCACUUUUUUAUUUUACUGAUUUUUUUUAAGUGAAGUGACCAUUAUGUGCACACAUUUUCUUCUAAAAAUUGAUUGGGGAAAAAAAACCCUAAAUAGCUUCAUUUCAUAGGCCUCAGUCAGUGUUUUGUACUAUUUACUAAAUAAGUUUUUUGUCUUCACUGAAAGAUUUUUGUAGUCUACAACACAGAGAAUCUGAAUUAUGUGUAGAUUUUGAAUAGGAGUAUUUAUCAUUUUAUAUCUUUGGAUGUAUCAGCUGAAGUAUAGUUCUACGUUAGUAUAUAAUUGAAUACUUAGAAUCUUGCAUAAUUGAAAUAUAAUUGUGUAUGACAGUAUCAAAAUUAAAUCAAGAUUUAGGUAUGAAAAGAUUUUUAUUUCAAUAUCUGAAUUUAUCUAAAAGAUCAAAAUCUUGAUUAAUGUGUAUUUUAAGUCAUCAGUUUUAUAUGUUACAUUCUCAGUACAAAAUUUGUAUUUAUAAAUGAAGUGGUAAUGUGGUAAUAGAGUAAUGGAAACAAUGUUUCUGGAAAUACACCUAGAAAUGAAAAUGUAAAACAAGCAUCCCAAAGUGUCUUUGCAUGAGCCUUGAUUUUUUUUUAUCCCUUCAAUAAGUGUCCCUUAGAGAAGGAUAACAUUGAAAAAGGGUGGCAGAUGAAUCACCAUUAAGAAGUAGGUUGCACUUGGGAAGGUAAUUCUGACAUCAUAAUCAUAUGCUUAGACUGAGAAAUGUUUCUCACAUGGGUUCUUUUUUUGCCCUACCUAGAAGUUUAAGCACUUUUAGAGGGGAAUUUAUUCACCAGUUGAAUUAAUAUUUAAUAAUUAUUAUAUUCUGAGAAGUAUGGCAGGUGGUAAAAAUUUAAUGAUGGAUAAAAUGUGAUUCUUGUCUUCAGAGAACUGAUGCUGUUCUUGUUUUCUAAAUCACAUUUUAUCAUUCUCUUGUUAAAUAUUAUUUUUUGAAAUUCUUAUAUAUCAAAAUAUCCUAAAGUUAUUUUCUUUUCAUCCAAACAUUAUUUUACUUUCUUCUUAUCCCUGUGAUAAGCAUUAAUAUUACUUAAAUACAAGAGGAGAAGAUACUCAACUUAUGUGUCUUAUUAAAGUAUAAUUUUGGAAGAUUAUUUUAAUAUAGUAAAAUAUACCUUUGUUAAUUAAAAAAAAUUUUAUUAUGUUCAUUUGGCCAACAUUUAACACAUCAUUAGCUUUUGAUGUAGUGUUCAAGAAUUCAUUAGUUGCAUAUAACACCUGGUUUUGUUAAUUUAUAAAGAAAGGGACUCUGGUAAUUUGGACAAACUGGGACACUUAAUUUUAUAAAAUUUAGAAUUAACAUUAGUAUUAGACCUUUCUUAGUUGAAAGACAACCAAUGUAGAGAAGCCUUUCUUUAAUUAUUAUUAAUCACGAAUCACUAAAAUGUUAAUUAUUCUGUUAACAAAACUACGUUCUGCAUUCUACAGAAUCGGUGUCUUGUAUAUCAAUUUCGUUUCUUUUUUUUUCUUUCUUUCUUUUUUCUUAAUAACAUCUAUUCUUUGUUUCUCUGAAUUACUUUAAACAGAUGCGUUCAGGUCAGCUUUCUCGAAAAUUGUGGGGAUCUAGCAAGCGACUCAGCCAGAUUUCAGCUGGAGAAACUGAAUAUAAUACUCAAGAUUUCAAGUGAUUACUAUUUCCAUCUUCUGUCAUGGAUAAAUGAAACUUGAUUUAUUGCUUUGGCACUUUAACCACAUCUCUCAACUCUCUGAAAUAUAUCUGGGCUUUUAUCACUGAAAAUUACUGAGGGAUUACCAAAAUUCAGUAUGCUAUGUGUAUAUAAAGACAUUGGUUGUAUUAUUAUCCACUUUAAAAAUUUCUGGUUAACAUUGAAUCCAGUCUUAUCGACUAAUUCUUGAUCUACACCAAGGAUUUGAGAAAAUACAAUUGAAUUAGAUUUGUGGUUCAUUCCUGACAAUCAUUAGAUCCAUUGAGGAAGAAAACUUCCAAAAAUGAAGAAGUUGUAUAUAAUUCCAUUAUUAUCCUAACCAGCAAAAUGUAAGGUAUUUCUAAGAAGAGUACAGAUGAUCGGACAGUUGAGAGACAUGGCUUUUAAUGUAUUCUUUAUUUAAUCAUUUUUCUAUUUACUGACUACCAUAUUUAAAAAUUCAUCAGUUUAUUUAUGGAACUUCUGAUUAGGGUAAUAUUUUAAAGGCAUCUGUUGCACACUUGGAUUUUCAAAACUCAAUGUAAAUUCCAGGUUUUCAUGAUAAGUUGAAUAUAAGACAGUUGAAACCGGUACAUUGGGUCAUUCCACUACUACUUAGCAUAUUACUAAUGAGAACUUACUGAAAUACAUUAUUGUGCUUAAAUAAUAAAGGUUAAGUAGGAAUAAGAGAAGAGAUCUAUUUUGCAGAUACAUUUCAUUAGUAGUAUAAUGAAGGAAAAAUGCUGAUUAUGAUUUUGACAGGUGGACCCUUUAAGUAGCAUUUGCAACACAAUUUAUAUUUGCAAAGUUCAAAAUUUCUUGGCUUAUUCCUUACUAAGCAAAUACUGUGUCUUUCCCCGUAAUUAGAAGUGUUAGCAAUGAUACCCAAAUACAUUAAUAUUUUUACCUAUAACUUCCAUGUGAUUGAUAAAUGAAUUGAAAAGAUUUGAAUCACUUAAACUUGUCAUGUAGAUACAGUAAAUUUUAAAAAACAUUUCUAUUUCAUGUUAUGUAUAACUUUUAAGAUAAUUAAUUUUAUUAUAAUAGUUAAGUAUUAGAUAUGCUUAAUAUUCAGUAUUUUAAAGUAAAAAGCUGAUAGAUUUAUUUUGGAAUUCAAAGAGAUUGUUAAACCUAGUGCUUUUAUAAGGUCAUCUUUGGAGUUAAGUCAGAGAGCUUUUUCAACUAUAAGUGUCCUUAAUCUGAGAUUCCAUGGGUUUGGGGGAAUUUAUGAAUCCUCUAAAAUUGUAUGGAAAUUCUGCGUGUUAACUGCAUUUUUUUCAGGAGUGCAUGUGUGGCUUUCAUAAAGGGGUCUGUGAUCAGAAGGGAAAAAAAAGACUUCUCACAAUAAUAGUUUCUUAUAAUGUUCCUUUUUAUUCCACAAAUCAUAGAUUUCCUUACAUCUAGUUGUCUUCUCAAUGGCAUCUUUAAGAAACUUUCCCUCUGUAAUUCUUCUCUUGGGUUGUCCACAGUAUUUAAUACCAUUUUCUUUAAUCCUAUGAGUGAGUAAAACAAUUAAGAGAAGUACAAGUUUCAGUUUAGGGAAGCUUUUUGAAUAGAUAUGAUCUGUUUGAGUCAGGACUAAUAACUUACAAAAGAAUUUUCAUUCCAAUUAUUUAAAAUCCCCUGCUCUGUUCAGUAAAAGAAAACAAUACCACCAACAAAAAACGGUUAUGUUUUAGGUAAGAAGCACUGAAAUAAACCAAUGCAGCAAGUGUAAAAUAGAGCAUAUAUAAAUGUGAAAAUUUCCAUUUUAAGGACGUAAGAAAUUUCUGAUGAAAAUGUCUCAAAACAAGUCAAUAGAGAUAAUUACUUAUUGAGAUUUAUUGCUUCUAUUUAUUUCAUUCAGUUUUUUAUAUUACAUUUUUUAGGAGGUUUCAGGUCAUCAGAACCAACAUGAUUGACUUUUGAUAUUUUAAAUGUUGAUUUUUUUUUAACUGUUCUGAAUCAAAAUGUUGGAGAUUUUUCUUUUGCUUACUCAUCUGGAGAUUUUGGUAUAAGGAUGUCUUCUUUAUUUUUAAGGUUACUUAAUGUUGGUUUUGGAAUUAUUUUGGAUGAAUGCUUACAAAAAUUACAAAGAAGUUUAACUUUUCAGGGCAAAAUCCCCAAAUUUAUGGUGUUUUAUUUUGCUGCUCUUUAUUUUUUUUUUUAAAGAUUUUAUUUAUUUAUUUGACAGAGAGAGAUCACAAGUAGGCAGAGAGGCAGGCAGAGAGAGAGAGGAGGAAGCAGGCUCCCUGCUGAGCAGAGAGCCCGAUGCGGGGCUCGAUCCCAGGACCCUGAGAUCAAGGCAGCGACUUAACCCACUGAGCCACCCAGGCGCCCCAUUUUGCUGCUCUUUAGAUGGAAGAACCAAACAAGCAGUAUUCAUUUUAUAGCACAAAUAGAAGACCCUUCGUUCAAAGUAAAAUAAAUAUCCUACCUAGACUAACAGUAGAUGCUCAGAACUGUGGAAUGCUUCCUUAUAUUAGUUUUUCCAAAAAGUAAAAACCAAAAAUGUAAUAUUUUCAGGAAAACCUAAGAAUACUAAUACUAGUCUAGGGGAAUGGAACUUGUGUUUAGCUAUUAAAGUAAGCAAAUAUAGUAAAAGAUAAACCUCUAUAUGAAAAUUAUAAACCUCUUCUAAACAGUGUAGCCCACUGAAUUAAAAAUGACUAGAUAGAAUCACUGGAAAGAUAUACUUUGGGGGAUUCUGGUAUAUUUAAUGUUACCCAUAGAAGAUGUUUCUAUUUAUAUAAUGCGAUAAAUGAACAAUGGUAUGAUUAGAAUAGAGUAACAGGUGAUUUUAGUUCAUCAUAUAAUAUCUCAACUUAGCUGCUAUGAAGUUUGUUAUCUAAGGAAAUUUUCAUCUGCUUUUGCUUCUUGACACUGGUGGUGAGGGAAAUCAUCAACGAAAUCAAUGAAAGAUCUCAGCAUCCUGGUGAUAGAGAUUUAUACUAGGAUAAUUUUACUCUUAGAAAAUGAGGUCUCAUAUAUUAAAACAUACAAUAACUGUUUUCAUUUAGAGAAUAAAGAACCAAUUUUUCACUCUCCAAUUAGUAUUCCAUGAUGCUUAGAUAAAAUUGGACAAGAAAAGAAAAAAUAGAUCAGGGCAUGAAAAUUAGAAAAGUAUAUGAUGAAACUAAAGCUUGUCCAGUUGGCUUAAAAUCUUUUAAGCCUGUGAAGCUCAUGUCAGCUAUUAAUAAGUUUCUACCUGUUAGUUUCCAUUAGGUAACAGCAAUUUUUUUUUAGGUCACAUCCUUUCUGUAGGAAAGAAAAUGCCAGGCAUUCAUGUCAUUAGCAAGGAAUGUCAGUGAGGCUUCCUUUUUUUCUCUAUAUAAGGCAUAUAACAACUAUCCUUAAAGAACUGGUAUUGAAAAUCAGUUUUAUGCAUUUGAAGGAGUAAAUGUACUCUCAUAAUUAAUUAGAAUUUAGAUUUGAAAGUUGAAUCUUAACCUAAGAUUGUUUAUAUUUUACUUGAAUAAGAGUAGGCCAAGGAAAUUUUAACUUGAGGGGCACUCGGGUGGCUCAGUUAUUAAGCGUCUGCCUUCGGCUCAGGUCAUGUUCCCAGAGUCCUGGACUGGAGCCCCAUAACAGAGGCUCCCUGCUCGGGGGUGGGGGGGGGGGCUGCGUCUCCUCCCAUUCCCCCUGCUUGUGUUCCCUCCGUUGCUAUCUCUCUCUGUCAAUUGAAUAAAUGAAAUCUUUAAAAAAAAAAAUUUUUAACUCGAAUAUCAGAUUUUUAUUUAAUGAUGAUAGACACAUGGCCUUUAAGUAUAUUUUUAUUGUUAUUACUAAAGAAAUCACUAAUGGAAAUCUUUUAGUUAAAUUUAAAAAGGUUAGCUCCUUUUAUAUAUUUACAUUUAUAAAAUGAGUAGCAUUGUCUUUAUCACCCUUCAAGUGAAAAGAUACAAGUGCAUGAACUCUAUUAAAUAUAAAUAUUAAAUAAUAUAUAUUACAUGUACUAUCAUAGGAUGUGUGUGUGAAUGAGUGAAGGUUGGUCUUUUCAAAUACAUCAAUACAAUUGUCUUCAUAAAUAAGUUCCUACACCUGUCUGUGGGAUAAAAUUUUUAACUGAUAUAAUGAAUUUAUGUUCUUUUUCUUUUCUAAAUCUAAUCUCUUGCUUUCCUCUAUCACCCAGACUCCUAGCUUGUCCUAAUUACUGUUAAUCAGCUGACUCUGUUCUUUCCCAGUAAGUGGUCAAUCGUAAAUAUUUUUAUCACUCCCAACAAAUAUCCAUUCUCAAUAUUCUUUUUGCCUAAUUCCUUUAUCAUAUACAACCAACAUUUGCUUUGCUUAAAAUUUGACCCCACCCAGAACAUUGUUCUGAAGAACUUUUCUAUAUCUUGGUGGUGCUUUUUCUCAUGACAUUAUUGCAACAACCAUAUAGUAUUAUGAGCCAUCAUUUCAAUAUUAUUAAAAUGCCAGCCACAGCUUCUUUAAUUUGAAUCUAGAAUUUUCUUAAGCCAGUGUUUCUUAAUUGAGAUUGCAGAUCUGACUUGUCUGUGAAGUUCUAUAAAUAUACAGAAGUCUAGGCACUACUCUGGGUUUCUGAAUCUCUUAGUAUAAAAAAAUUAUGCCUCAGGAUUUUUAAGUCUUAAAAUAUUUUACACUAUAGACAUUAUAGUCAGGGGCGCCUGGGUGGCUUAGUUGUGAAGUGUCUGCCUUCAGCUCAGGUGUCAUGAUCCCAGAGUCCUGGAAUCAAGCCCCACAUGGCAUUGGGCUCCCUGCGGAGCCUGUUCUCCCUCUUCCCACUCCCCUAGCUUGUGUUCCCUCUCUUGCUGUCUCUGUCUCUCUCUCUCUCUCUCUGUCAAAUAAAUAAGUAAAAUCUUAAAAAAAAAAUUAUAUCUGUUUAUUUUUAUACGUCAGAUUGCUUAUUCACAGGCCUAUAUGAAAAUAGGUUUAAUCAUUAUCCUUGGAGACAUUUUUCUUUUCCUUUUUUUUUUUUUUUAAAGAUUUUAUUUAUUUAACAGAGAGAUACACAGCAAGAGAAGGAACACAAGCAGGGGGAGUGGGAGAGGGAGCAGCAAGCUUCCCGCAGAGCAGGGAGCCCAAUGCGGGGCUCCAUCCCAAGACCCUGGGAUCAUGACCUAAGCAGAAGGCAGAUGCUUAACCACUGAGCUACCCAGGCACCCCUUGGAGACAUUUUUCUAAAAUUUGUUCAGAAUGGCUUUCUUGCCUUCGUUUUGCUUGCCACUGAACCAGUCAAAUUUCCUUUUCAGUUAUUAUUAUAACUUUCUUCAGACUUUUCACAUUUGAAGAUUAUAACUAAAAUUUGCUUCCAAAAAGUGUGUUUGCUUUUAUUAGUUCCUAGUGACUGUCAGUGAAUAUUUUGUGUAUGUGAAUUAUUUAACACUUUAAAGUAUUAAUAAAAAGCACGAGUUACCAAAUGCUAGGUUUAAAAAUAGAAUUAGGUCUCUCAUAGCCUUGAAGGUAGUAAUCAUUAAAAUUUUUCUAAUUAAAAAGCACUGGAUAUAGUCCCUAAGUACUUCUGAUGACUUCUCAGUAUGGAAAUAAUCUUUAAAUUUUUCAUAUAAAAAGUCCUAAUAUUACAGAAAAUAAAGCAUUAACAUUUAAGAUAUUUAGGCCUAUAUUGGAAAUGAUGCUGUUUUCUAUGUUAAAAAUAUAAAGCCAUCCUUAAAAUAUAUGUGUGUGUGUGUAUAUAUAUAUAUAUAUAUAUAUAUAUAUAUAUAUAUACAAAAUCUCCAUCCUAGCUAUAGGAGUUGUAUGAUUUUCUUCAGUAUAAGAAACCUGUCUAAAUAAGUGGCUAUCACAUACUUUUAGCUAGAGUACAUAAUUCAUCAGACAUAUCUUAGAUUAUCUCACUGGCAUUUGUUGUCACAUGUGGUUGAUUUCUAAACAUAUUACAGGAUUUGGACCUAUGAAGCUAAUGGCUGUAGUGAAAAAUAAAAGGACAGAGAUACAACUGUAUUUACUUUUGUCUUAAUGCCUAUAAUCUUCUAAACUGAAAAUUCAAGGGAAAAGAACAAAUAGUCACUAAUACAACAUUUGUUUUCUGUGGUAUAGAUUUUUAAUGUUUCCUUUGAAAGUUAUUUUACAAAUAUUACCAUAAUACUAAAAACAGCACAGUUCUGUCAUUGAAUUACUCAUUCAUUUUUCAAAGUUAACUGUUAGUGGAGUUUUGGGUGUUUUGUGUGUGUUUUUCCACUUAUGAUAUGAUGGCUGUCUCAUUUAAAAUCUGUAACUAUUUUUGAAUGUACAAAAUGAUUAGCUAUUUGUAAUAUUAUAAUGUAGCACUGUAAUUUAAGAAUAGGAAGUUAGGAUUUAGGUAGGGUUGAAAAAGAAAAUUAUAUUUUUUUGAUUAAAAUAUAAACUUUUUAAAGAGUUUUAUUCCAAUUGGACGUUUUAAAAUUUUAUUUUGGUAAUAAUAUAUUUCAAAAUAAUAAGUAUUAAAACCGGAGGUUCUCUGGUAGCCAGGGUACUAACUAGUUAAAGUUAAAAUGCUGUUUUUGAUGUCCCUUCCCUUGGAAACAUUUCCUACACUAUCCAAGCAAUGUGUUUUUAAGAUUUAAUGGGCUCAAAAAAAAAAAAAAAAAUUUAGUGGGCUCAACCUAUAAAUUCAACAAAUGCCUGUCUUGCAUUUUGAAGGAAAAAGCUUACCUGUGAUUGGCAUUAUUUUGCUCUUCAGAAUGUUAAAAUCAUAGUAAUCAUAAACACUUUAGAAGUGGUUCUGGUAAGGAGAUACCAGUUGUUAGACCUAACUGAAAAAAUUCAGCCUCUUAAUUUCUUAUAUAGGGAUUAAAGAAAAUAACUUCAUUUUUUCCUUUGGGAUUUUGAUUGCUUUUAAAAGUAUCAUACUUUCUACCUUCUUCUAAAAUUAUGACAUAUUACAACAGAUCUUGCUGUCGAAGAUCUUUUACAUUUUAGACUUUUUUUCCCCCUCUUCUAACAUGUUACUACUCUCUGUGAUUCAAAAAUACUCCCAUCAAAAAUACUUGUGGAUACUUUGUCUCAUAAUUAGCUUUACUUUACAUAAGAAGAAUUGUUAGAAAACUGUAUGGCUGGUCUGUUUUCUUGAGAAACUCUUCAAGAGUAUGGCGUUCCUUCCCCCAGUGGUUAGCUUUUAUAUACUUGGAGCAAAAAAUUUAGCAAAAAAUAAUCAGAGAUUUAGCUAGACAUUGUCUAUCAGAUGCACUGCUAUGAAAAGGAAUCCAUUAAGACAGAAAAAUAUCAACCACAUAUGAUUUGUCUCUUAUGUUGGUUUUUCUGGGACCCGGAUGAAAUAGGAACGUUUCAGUGUUUUCAUAGAGGGUGACAGUGACUUGAAUGCAUGUGAGUGCACAUAGUCAGAGGAGGACAGCUGAAAAUUCAGAAUUACUUGUUUUAAAGAAAAAUACUUGCAAAUUGUGCUGCUACUUAAAUAUUUAAGGAAUUCAAACAGUUGUGUAGUUAUCAUUAAGCGGUCCUUCUCAUUUAUUCUACUGGAAUUGACCAUGAAAAAGAGAAUUUUAAGCCUUAUUUAUAUCUAAUUAUUGACUGUGCAAACUGUGACUCAGUGAAUAUUUGUAUGCCAAAAAACGGUCUUAAAGUUGAGAAAAUUUUUAAUAAAGAUGUGUAAAUAAUUUUGAUUAGUCUUCUCAUAAUGAAGUUACUGUUAAUUUGGUGCAAUACAUUCUUUCCUUCCUCAUCUUUUUAAGGUUGAAUAUAUAAGAUGUAUGUUUUGUUUUGUUACAUUGUGUUUGAAAAUUUUUCAGUGUGUGUAUAUGAGCUAAUAUUUGAUUUGUUUCUGUAUAGCAUGAUUGAAGAUAAUUGAGAAUUUUGCACUUUUUUUAGUCCUUUGGAAAUUUGUAUUCUAACAGUUUUUAAGAAUAUACAUUUAUUUUGUACAUAAUACAUUAGCUUUGUAUAUGAAAAUGGGUUCAAAUCAAAUAAAAAAAUGAUGUUACUUUCUUCA